CAAAAAAGUUAGGAUGUUCCCAGACACAAUGCAAAGUACCGGAGGGAAACCUGAACUGAUUAACAAUGAACAAAGCUGAUGAUGUCCCCAGACAGCUUCUAAGCGAACACUUUCAGGGUAAAAAUAUCAAUGCUCUUCUACAAUACUCAGCUGUUUUUACUCGGCUGUCUGGGUUUCUGCUUCAUUAAGAGCCUUGUAAAUAGCCAAAACAGCACACUGAUAUUCGUCAACAACAACAAUAUCCGUAACUGUAGCUGUUCCACUGAUAUCAAAAACUGUGACUACAUUCUGGCCAACCUGAUGUGUAACUGCAAAACAGUGUUGUUCCAGGCAAUAGAGAAAAGUGUUCCCAAGCUCAACUACAGCGGUGACCUGAUCGUAUGGUUCACAGACACAUCGUCACUUGGGCUUCUGCUGAACUUCACCUUUGUGCAUGACCUAAAGCUCUCACUAUGUGGAACUACCCCUCUCCCUACAGAAUAUCUGGCUAUCCUGGGACUCAGGCGCCUGCGUAUUCAGGCAGUUGCUGCCGCCCACCUACCUGAGCAGAGUCUGACAAUAUACAACUGCAGCGAUAAAAAAAACACGGAUAAACUUGAUCUUUCAAGGGAAAAGCGAUCCAUGUUCCACAUUGCUUAUCUGGACACUUCUCUUUUUAAUGGACAAUCCUUACUAAAGUCCUACAGCGUAGAGGGUGUUUCCAGCAUAAAUGAGACUUUCCCAAACCUGCCGUUUUCUGGGAUAAUCACAAACAACAAGAGCUAUGUUGUAACACUCAUUUAUUGAUGACAUGAGUGCAGUAGAAUAUUCACUUAAGCAAAUCAGUCCUCGGGGGCCCCAGCAGGGAAUUAUUUAGAGUAUACUUAUGGUGCACAUGUGGCAUUAUCAUAAAGGAUAAUACACAAUUUAUUCCGCCAGUGUUUAAUAAGGGUACCCCCAAAUAUUUGCUUGUAGGGGAUCCUGAGGACAGAAGACUGGAAGUACUGAAUUAAAACAUAAAAUACAAUCAUCUUUGCUGAACUAAAACAUAAAAUAUAAUCAUCUUUAUGUGUGCACUAGUAUCAACAUUCAACUUGGUUUUGAACAAAUUCACUAAAAUAAAGGGAAAGUCAAAAUCAAAUUUUCAUAGAUAAAAGUAAACCUUCCCAAUUUACUCCUAUUAUCAAAUUUGCCUUGGUUCCUUAGAAAGCUUUGUUGAAAAGUCAACCUAGGAAAGUGCAUGUGUCUUUAACAUCCUAUCUGUAACUUUAAGAUGAUGAUAUAAUCAGUAUGGUUCAAUUUUCUCCACCUCUCACUUUCACUGAAGUUCUCAGUGGAAACAACUUUCUGCUAGUGCAUUUUAGAAACUUUAUUCUUUUGUUCAGUUUCUUUUAGUGUUUGUUUGUGAGACACAGAACCAAAGAAGAUAUCAACCAACAUCUAUACAUAAUGCAUAUAUUAAAAGGAGAUCCUACUCCAGAAUUUUUAUUUUUUAAAAAGAUAAAAAAUCAAUUUAUUACCCAUUCCCCAGUUUUGCAUAAACAACACAGUUAUAUUAAUAUACUUUUUAAUUCUGUGAUUACCUUGUAUCUAAGCCUCUGCAGACUGCCCCUUUAUUUUAGGGCAGUCUGCAGAGGCUUUAAGCAAAUCAGUGCUGACUCCUAGGUAACUCAACAGGCAUGAGCACAAUGUUAUCUAUAUGGCAACACAUGAACUAACACCCUCUAGUAAUGAAAAAAUGUCAAAAAGCAUUCAGAUAAGAGGCAGCCUUCAAGGGCUAAGAAAUUAGCAUAUGAGCCUACCUAGGUUUAGCUUUCAACUAAGAAUACCAAGAGAACAAAGCAAAACUGAUUAUAAAAGUAAAUUGGAAAGUUGUUUAAAAUCAAAUGCCUCUUUAAUACACCAUUCUAACAAUAUUUGCCGAGCUUCACAAAUUAAUAUUUUAUUUAUUAUUAAGCAUAAGGCUGACUUAUGAACUAAUUAAGCUUAUACUUUAUAGGAAAUAUGGGUACACUGGUUGUUCUAUUGCCCUUAUCAUUUUCAAAAUCUGUUUCUGUGUCUAGACUCUAAAUGCAGGUAUUUGUUAUACAUUUAUUUUCUAUCUAUGAUCCAUUUUAAAGGGAUAUUUCACAUGUAUAAUGUAAAACUAAUAUAAUUUAUUUCUAAUGUAUUCUAAUUCCCUUAGUAAAAAAUGUAAAGCAAUUAGUUUAAUUGACUCCCUCAAUGUGUGCAUAAUAUAUACAGGGAUAUUUUACUCAAUAUACCCUAGGAAAGCAAAUUGUAUGCUUCUCCUUUCUAAUUAUGUUGCCUAUUGAGAUAAUAGAAAUCACAGACAUACUACCUUGUAAUCAAACUUGUAACUGGUCUUCUUACCGCCCCCUCACUACAUUGCCAAACCUAUGCGUGGUGCGUAGUAAAGCCUCUGAUUGGCUGUACUGCCUGCCAAUUAAAAGGUGAAGAAAACUCACUAGUGAUGGGUCUAGACUAAAGAAGCUGAUUUCAAACAUUGUGAAGAGAAAUAGCUGAUUAGCAUUUAUGGGGUAUAUUGAGUAAAAUAUAACUUUAAUAUGGGAGUCUAGUACAAAGUACAGGAAUCCUUUGUAUAGAAGUUAAAGGGACACUAAACCUAAACAAUCUCUUUCAUGAUUCAAUUAGAGAAUACAAUUUUAAACAACAUUCCAAUUUACUUCUAUCAUCUAAUUUGCUUCAUUCUUCAGAUAUCCUUUGUUGAAGAAAUAGCAAUGCACAUGGUGAGCCAAUCACACAAGGCAUCUAUGUGCAGCAACCAAUCAGCAGCUACUAAGCCUAUCUAGAUAUGCUUUCCAGCAAAGUAUAUCAAGAGAAUAAAGCAAGUUAUAUAAUAGAAAUAAAUUAGAAAGUUGUUUAAAAUUACAUGCUCUUUCUAAAUCAUGAAAGAAAAAAAUUGGGUUUCAUGUCCCUUUAACAAGGGACUUGCUGAGAACUCUCAAAAUGCAGUUAAAAAUAACACAAUAGAAAUCUGUCAAUACACUUUAUGCCAUUACUGAAGGAUAUUUAUUGUGAUUAAGAUAUUAGAACAUAUUCAGUAUUUGAGGUUUACCAUACCUGGGUCAAGCCAGAAGAUGUUGCUUAUUAUUUCACUUCACCACAACAAACUCUUAAAGAUCUUAUAGAUCAGUGUUUCUCAACCUCGGUUCUCAAGUACCCCCCAAAGGCCAGGUUUUAAUUAUAGCUGAACUAGACCACAGGUGAAAUAAUCUGCUGAUCAGUAACCAUGGUUAUUAACCUGCUCUCACUCAGCAGCUGAUUAUUUCAUCUGUGCACUGGUUCAGCACUGGUAAUGAAAACCUGGCCUGUUGGGGGUACUUGAGGACUGUGGUUGAGAAACACUAUGUAUAGAUCACAUUUCAUUGUUAUUGACCAAAGUCAAAAUUCAGCACUAGGGCUGGCUCCCUGCCAGGGAAGACUCCUAUUAAACAUAUUUUAUGAUAUGCAGGAAAAAUAUAUCACACUGGACACGCUAAUGAUUUUAAUUUAUGAGCAUUUGUUAAACAUUUCUCCCUUAAUCAUUCAAUUCACUGUAGUUUCAUGGUUUUGUACAUAUUAAUAAAUGCAAACAUUUUAUAGAA